AUGGCUUGGAUGGAGCUCUCCGCGAGAAAUAAGACACUCCUGGCGCUUGCCUUGACGUGCAAGUCAUUCACUGAACCUGCACUGGACCUUUUGUGGCAAUACCUGCGUGGACUUGCACCACUCAUCAGAUGUCUCCCGCAAAGCCUAUGGAAAAUGAACGCACAAAAAUUGGAAUUUCAAAGAACCAUGACCUUGGAUGACUGGUCUAUUUUUUGCAAAUACAACCACCGUGUCCGUUCACUCAACAGAGCAGUUCAUGAGGUCGGUACCGAAACCUGGCGUACCCUCAGCUGUCCUCCUUUCUCCCCUCCCUUACUCCCCAACUUGACGUCUCUUGAUUGGUAUGAGACUACCAGUGAGACAUUUCCAUAUGUCUGGUUGUUUGUGACCCCAAAAUUGACGAAACUUAAUAUCUUUCCGGGUAACCUUACCUUUGGUUUAUCCGAGCAGUCCAUCUUGUCGUCUAUUUCAAUGCUGUGUCCUUCUGUCUCGCAUUUCAGUUUUCAUUCAUUUGGAUCACUAGAACUAGAAGACACAUCGACCGCAUUGCAAUGCUGGUCUCAUCUACACUCGGUGACAACUGGAAGAUUGUCUGAGGCGGCCAUACUACACCUGUCCAAUCUGCCUUCACUCCGAGUUUUGAAAUUCACGUUACCUUCAACACCUAUAUCUCCGAAUACACAAAGGCUCCUGCAGCAUCAUGGGUUUUGUGCAAUACAAGAACUGGAGAUAACAUGUGAAGGGGAUCUGGCGCUCUUAUACACUUUUCUCGAGAAGCUCUCAAUUGCUCCGAAAGUACUAUCCUAUGUCAUCACUAUUCACGACGUGGAUUUCACACUGGUCCCACCGGCUUUUAUUUCCCGUUUAUCCGAUCCAUGUGCGCACAGCUCACUGGAAGAAGUGUGGCUCUACAUCACUGAUUGGAGCACGGACCACCAUGCUUCAAUCGGAGCCGCAACCUUUCAGCCACUCUUCGCCUUCCGCAAUCUUCGGAAGCUCUCCUUCCAAGCGUACUGUGGUGUGCGAUUGGAUGAUGCUGUCCUUUUGCAGAUGGCUAAGGCGUGGCCCCUCCUGGAAGACUUAUCCUUCGAUGCAUACCACAAUUUGAGUCAUGAUGUCACCCCACAUGCCUUCGUCUCACUGUUGCAACAUUGCUCACGUCUAGUCUCGGUUGCCGUUUUCAUAAACUGGUCGACGAUAGAUGGACGUGACAUACCCCCUACCGUUCCUUACCAGGGAUUUUCACACAAUGCACUAUCGGAGGCAUAUUUUGGUUGUCCAAUUAUUCGCCAUCCAACCAGGAUUGCCGCUUUCAUCUCAGCCAUCGCACCCAAAAUGAAAUCAAUUGAGGCAUGGGACCAUUGUUACUACGAUGAUCAUCCAGACUUCAAAAAAUACUCUACCAGGUGGAAGGUCGUGCAGCGUUUGGUCAGAUCUUUCUCCAUGGUCCGCGAGCAGGAGAAGGGAAUGAAGAUGACUGCAGGUGCAGGGGUUGAUGAAGAAUUUCGAGAACCAUCUGUCGAGGUUGGUGGCGAUGUUGAUGGGGGUGGUGAGGGUGAGGAAGAAGAUAGUGGAAGCGAGGGCGAAUAUACGCCUCAUUCUGACGAACUAGACUCAUCAGACUCGGGAGGAAGAAUGAUCCAAAACGCGGACAAUACCACUCCAGAUUCUCUGUGCUUUGCGCCCGUUCAUCUUAUUCAAGUUGUUUCUCAGUCAAGCCACUCCAGCCCUUCGCAAGUGGCAUAG